AUGGAGCAAAUUACAAUUGGUGCGUUCUUGCAGGAGUCAUUCGACUUUUUGAUCGUGGGUGGUGGUACCGCAGGUCUAGUGCUGGCCGCUCGUCUUUCAGAACAGGAUCAUGUUCGUGUCGGGGUGAUAGAAGCGGGUAGUUCAAAAUUAGGAGAUCCGAAAGUCGAUUUGCCUUCUGGAGUUGGGAUGAUGAUAAAGGAUCCCGAGUAUGAUUGGGACUUUCAAAGUGUACCGCAGAAAAAUACCAAAGAUAGGGCAUAUCAUUUACCAAGGGGUAAGAUGCUGGGAGGCUCUAGUGCAAUCAAUUUCAUGGCCUAUGGUCGGCCGUGCGCAGAAGAUAUUGAUGACUGGUCUUCGAAGUUGGGGAUCUCGGGAUGGUCUUGGGAUGACUUGUUACCCUACUUCAAACGAAGCGAGCGGUUGACAUCGGACUUAUCAAAAAACCUUGAAGACAGUCCUCUCAACUCCAGUUACCAUGGCGUAGAUGGAACAAUUAUUACCUCUUUGGCACCAUGGCAGCUGCCUUUUGAGAAGACACUUCUUCCCACUUUGGACGAGGUUUCGGGUAUUGCUCGACCAGCAGACCCAAACAGUGGAUGCCAUCAAGGAUUCUUUCGAUCUAUCUUUACGAUAGACCGAACCACAAAACCAACUAGAAGCUACGCAGGCAGUGGUUAUUUGGCGCCGAAUAUUGGGCGCCCUAAUUUGAAAGUAUUGACUAAUACUGUGGCAAACCGGGUUAUCUUAAAACGGUCCACUAGUAGUUCCUAUCAGAUUGGUGGUAUAGAGGUACAACAUGAAGGAAAAUCAUACGUCUUGAAGGCCAAAAAAGAGAUUAUUCUCAGCGCCGGAACUUUCCAAAGCCCUCAAUUACUCGAGCUUUCUGGAAUUGGAGACCCGAGAGUUCUCCAAGAGGCUAAUAUACCCUGCCUGGUACCAAAUUCCGACGUGGGCAACAAUCUACAAGAGCAUACAAUGUCAGCAGUAGUUUAUGAGCUUGCUCCUGGACUUAUCUCACUCGAUUCUUUGAAAGACCCUGAAGUUUUCCAAGAACAUCAACGCCUUUAUAACGAGCACAAUUCGGGAGCAUUGUCGGGAAUUAUCAACCUAUUCGGAUAUAUUCCUUUUUCAUCUCAAGUCAGCUCGGAACAGCUUGAGGAGACACUGCAACAAAUCACUGAAGCUUCGUCAACGGUAAAUCCUGGGCUCCGCCCUCAAAAUGCUGAAUUUCAAAGAAAGCAGCAAGAAGCAAUUGUAGCCCGUAUGCGAAAUCCGAAGGCCGCAGACACUCAGGUAGUGGGCUCUCCUGCUUUUUUCAACAUUGCAAAGGGCUAUAAUCAUGUUGGCAAAUUGAUGGCGGGGCCGCCACCGGACCAUAACGCCUGCUACUCUUUAGUUCUGAGCAACAUGUACCCUCUAUCUCGUGGCAAUGUACAUAUUCGCUCUGCUAAUGUCUCUGAUGCUCCGCUGAUUGAUCCCGGAUUCCUUUCCCACCCUGCCGACGUGGAUGUCCUCGCAGCUGGCAUCAAAUUUGCCGAUCGAGUCUUCAAGUCUGAUCGAAUCAAGGAUUCUGUCAUAAAACGAGUGGAUCCCCCACUCUCGGUCAACAUGGAUAAUUUGGAGGAGGCUCGCGCGUUUGUGCGCGAGCGUAUCGUGAGCUAUCACCACGCCUUGGGUACCUGCGCUAUGGGUCAAGUGGUAGAUUCUAGACUACGUGUUAAAGGAAUUCAUGGACUUCGUAUUGUAGAUGCUAGCGUUAUGCCGAUGCAGCUGAGCACUGCCAUCUUAGCCACCGUCUACGCUGUGGCAGAGAAAGCGGCAGAUAUGAUAAAAGAGGACCAUGGACUUCUUACUAGGUCCACGUCUAAAUAG